AUGGUAUUUAAAUCCCUCUCUCAGUUCUAUCACUCUCCCAACACUGUGAGAUCAUCCAACAACAUUGUAACCUCUGUGUUGGGACGCCUUCUCUUUGAUCAAUCUUACAAACGAGGAGCAGCAUUCUAUUCAGUCAGCAAUGGUGGUGUUUUAAGAAAUACAACUACCAACACCACCAGCGACAAUACUGAUGCUUCCUCUGCUUCUUCUUCAAACAUCUCUCAUCUUCAUCAUAAAAAGAAGAAACAUACGGUUCAUCAUCGUCAUGGCGCUGAACAUCAUAAAGACAUUCCUGUUGAGGAGCACGUUCCACUGAGUAAAGCUGCUGAACAACAACAACAACCAAAAUCAGCAAGCCAUGAGGAUGUUACAAGUGGUGCUCCCAGCGGUUUUUCAACUUCAUACUUCUCCAAGCAAUACGAUGACUCGACUGAGGACGAUAUCAAUGCCGAGAAGAGCACUGAGGCAUUGCCAUGGGAUAGAGAAAGAGAGAGUAAGAUAUUGGGAAAGAAAGCAAAUGAAAUUGAUGAAAUUAAAUGGAACGAAGCAGAGGAUAAACCUCACUCAAAUAUCUACAAGAAGGCUGAAGAAGUGUUUGUUCUCAAAAAGGAAAUUCAUAUUUUAGAAAAUAGUGUGAAUAGAGAUGCAUCAGAGAAAGGCCUGAAUGACGACAGACAACAACAAAACGAACCAGGUCGUACCUCUUUCUAA